GAAAGGCUGUACGUGCUCGAAUACGCAGCCAGUGUUUCAUAUUUUAUUAGCUUUUCGGGCAUCACCGAAUGGGGGCCGGAUCUCCUGGACCAGGAAUUCCUGGUCCCUCCCUGGACCACAAAUUUCAUAUAAAACCUUUCCUUCCUCACGUGCAAAGCGCGUGCACACGCAACACCCAAACAAAAAAAAACCCUAGCGUCCCUCCCUCCAGCGCCGAUUCCCUCCCCGGCACCCGUUGCCCUCCCUCGUCGCCGUGCAGCCUCCCUCCAGCGCCGUCUCCAUCGCCGUCUCCAGCAGCGCCGCCUCCCUCUAGCGCCGACCGCCUCCAGCCAGCAUCGCCGGAGGACAGCGUCGCCUCCAACCAGCAUCGCCGCCUCCAGCCAGCAUCGCCGACCUCCCGUCCUUCUCCAGCCAGCAUCGCCGACCUCCAGCGCCGCCUCCAGCAAGCAUCACCGACUCCCGUCCUCCUCCAGCCAGAAUAUUCGCUGGAUGUAGAAUAUUCGCAAUGAAGAUUGACUUUGAAGUUGAUUUUGGAUCGAAUGAGAAUGCAAAUAUAGCAGGUUCCGCAUUAGCUGUUGAUAAGGAGCUGCAGCCAGACAAGGUUAAGAGGAAGAUAUCCAUUUGCGAUGGAAAGCUUAAAGUACAAUUUGAAGCGGUGGAGGCUAGGUUUCUGCGUGCAUCAUUUAGUUCAUUCUUGGACCUUUUGAUUCUUACUACACAACUCAUCGAAGAGUAUGCCACACUCCAAUCUAAUGUCAUUUUGUUAGAAAAAGAGGAUCAUUUGGCAAGUAUUCCAUGGGAGUCUUCGUAUAUCUGUAUUGUAAUUCUUCAUAACAAUAGGAUUCUAAGACUUCCUGUGGCUUAAUGUUUACUUUGAAUAGUGUCUUUAGUCAUCACAUCAUGAGUCACAGCAUAAUUUUCUGUUAGUGACAAUGUGACUACAGAUUGGUGACACUCAUUAUCUUCGUCCAAAUCCUCUCCUUUGUUAGCUUCUGCUUUGUUGUCGGGGAGAUGUUGUGUCUCAAAAUUUGGGGUUGGAUGCAUUUUUGGCAAGAGGCUUGGAUUGUACGGUUGGC